AUGAGGUCGCUCUUUGUUCUCGUAACCCUCACCACCGGUGCCUUCGCCCAGAUGGGCGCGGUGGGCCUUUUUGGCAUACUGAUGAAGAAGCUGGAUAAUUCACCCCAGGGCCAAUGCCAUCAGCUCUCCCUUUUCACCAACAUCAUUGACCUCGCCAACAAUCCCAAAGUCGUGGACGCCUUGACGGGCGGGGAUCCCAGCAAGGCGCAGAUGUCCCAGGCUCUCGUGAGCAUACUCAAUGCCCAGAUGGAUCCUAUCAAGGCGAACAAGGCUACUGUCGACAACUGCCAACCUACUAUUGCCACUGACAACGAAGUCACCGAUUGUCUCGAAUCUCAAGCCGUCACCCAACUCAACAACAUCCUCGCCAACCAAACUGCCGUAGACGCCAUGACGAAAUCUAACCCGCAGAAUGUCGACAUGCUCAAGAAACUCUCAGCUGCCUUGGACGACAAAGCCAAAGCCGUCAAAGCCAACGCUACCGAAUCUGGGUUCUGUGACUCGACUGUUGACGUGCGCUGCAUUGGCCAGAAGAUAAUGACGCAGUUUGUCAAGCUGGCUAGUGAUGAUGCGGCGCUCAACGCGCACUUCGCUAAUAAUGCGACUCAAGUGCAACAGUUCAAAGAUGGAGCUGCCAAGGCGCAGACCAGAUUGGAUGAGCAAAGGAAGGACGAGAAAUUGACCGGGGUUUGUGGGAAGAUGCCUAACAUCCUCCCUAUUGACAUUGGCUCGGUGACUUUGGAUGACCUCCCAUCUGGUAUGGGUAUCGGUAUGGGUAUGGGUAUGUGAGAUCCCGACCAAUUUCCUAUAAUGUUGUGAGCUGGAAAUGUGGACGCGGUCAUGUUGAUCAUUCUUUGUGACAAAUAAUGCGAUGCGAUGCCACUAUUAGCUCAUGGGUAGUUGACUCAAUUUUACC